UUUGCAAUUUGCAAAUACAUACAUGACUAGCUAAUAACUAAGUAGAGAAACAAACACAAUAGUUAUGGAAGAGAGAAGUGGAGUGCUUGAAACUUCGAGAUCUUGCAAGCAACUCAUAGGACCUGAAGGGUCCGAUAAGGAAUUUGAAGGCUAUAUUGAUAGCAACCUACGUGUUGUGGAGACCUUCUUGCGUUUGUUCCCCAUUGGUCUUUGUGUCACAGCUCUUGUAAUUAUGCUCAAGAACUCUCAGGAAAAUAAGUAUGGCUCUGUUAGCUACACCGACCUUGGUGCUUUCAGGUAUUUGGUGCAUGCCAAUGGCAUUUGUGCAGGAUAUUCAUUAUUUUCAGCCAUUUUUGUUGCUUUGCCUCGUCUGUCGAGCAUGCAUAUAGCUUGGACUUUCUUUGUGCUUGACCAGGUUUUAACGUACAUAAUCCUGUCUGCUGGAGCUGCAUCAGCAGAGGUGUUAUACCUGGCCGAAAAGGGAAACAUGGCAACAGCAUGGAGCUCAGCUUGUAGGUCUUUUGGUCCAUUUUGUCAUAAGGUUACUGCAUCAACAACUAUCACAUUUGUUGUUGUUGUUUUCUAUGUCUUGCUUUCCCUCAUUUCAUCCUACAAGUUGUUCAGCAAGUAUGAUGCACCAACUGUGAGCAACCCCUCUAUGGGUGCUGACAUUGUUGCUUUCCAUGGCUAGCUGACCCAAAACUUUGUGCUUGUGAUGUGUGUUAGUGUGGACUCAGUAUGUGUUCCUAAUGUAAUUUGGGUGUGAUUCUCUAAUUAGAGUUAAAUUUUCAUAUAGAUAAUAUAUGUUGACAUUUAAUACAAACAUUUAUAAUGUGAAUUGCUGUGAUGAAA